GAAGAAGAAGAACAGAGCACCAGGUCACCCUCACCCACCACCACCAUUUUGUCAGAGUUAAGGGUAAGACAGCUAAGUGAAGCUGGUAUAGGACAAGUGAUGUCAAAUCAGGUAAAUCAAGGUAGACUGUGUUAAGUGAAGCUGGUAAGAGAAGUGGUGUCAGAUCCAGUAAAUCACGGCAGUCUGUAAAGAAUUCAGCAAGGAUUGAUUCAAGGAUGACUAGAAAAGUAAAUAUUUUGUACGGUCAAGAAGAUCAGUCAAUUGGACUUCUAAAUAAACUAUAGCAGACAACUAAUGAAACGUCAUAGUGUGAACUAAAAAACUGCUGUGCCAUUUUGUAAAAUCCUAUUGAGGGCGUGCCUAUGUCAUUUAAUCCUUGACCCAUUUUUCUUUGAGGUGACUGCGACUAGGAGGGAUAGAACAAAAUGGAAGCAAGAGUUGCUUCUUUCUUCAGUUCUUCCCUCAUGCUCCUAUCUUCAUUACACCGUUGGUGCUUUAUCUAGUCAGGAUACAAGUUGAGCAUCUAGCUUCCAUGAUUGUUUCAUUAGAAAGCCAUGCAGCCACUCCAUGUCUCAUACAGGAAGUAUGAUACCAGAUUGCCCAUACCAUCCAUUGGGCUUGCCCUCGUGCUGCUGAUCUCCUUGGCCUCUCCCACCAGUUCCUGCACAGAGCAGGAGAAGACCUCCCUUCUCCAGUUCCUUGCUGGGCUCUCGCAGGAUGCCCACCUCGCCGCGUCAUGGCAGGAAAGCACAGAUUGCUGCAGAUGGGAAGGGAUCACCUGCAACCGAAAUGGGACGGUCAUCAAUGUCUCACUGGCUUCUAGGGGCCUUGAGGGGCAUAUCUCACAGUCCGUGGGGAACCUCACCGGCCUGCAGCACCUUAACUUGUCCUACAACUCGCUGUCCGGUGACCUGCCGCUGAAAUUGGUGUCGUCCAGCAGCAUCAUUGUCCUUGACGUCAGCUUUAACAAGCUCAAAGGAGAUCUGCAUGAGCUGUCAUCUUCAACCCCCAGCCAGCCUCUAAAGGUACUUAACAUCUCAAGCAACUUGUUUACAGGGGAGUUAACAUCCACGACAUGGACAGGGAUGCAGAAUUUGAUCACACUCAAUGCCAGCAACAACAGCUUUACUGGGCAGAUUCCAUCUCAUUUUUGUAACAUAUCACCAUCCUUUGCUGUGCUUGUACUCUGUUACAACAAAUUCAGUGGCAGCAUCCCCCUGGGGCUUGGUAAUUGCUCCAUGCUCAGAGUUCUCAAGGCUGGCCACAACAACCUCAGUGGGGCUCUCCCUAAUGAACUCUUCAAUGCUAAGUUGUUGGAGUAUCUUUCUUUCCCUAACAAUUAUUUACAUGGAGUACUCGAUGGUGCACGCAUAAUCAACCUUAGGAAUCUGGCUACCCUUGAUCUUGGAGGGAACAACUUCAUUGGCAAUAUCCCAGAUUCUAUUGGUCAGCUCAAGAGAUUGGAGGAGCUUCAUUUGGACCACAACAAUAUGUCAGGGGAGCUGCCAUCGUCACUAAGUACCUGCACAAAUCUCAUAACCAUAGACCUGAAGAGCAACAAGUUCAGUGGAGAACUUGCCAAGGUCAAUUUCUCCACCCUAAACAAUCUAAAAACUUUAGACCUUCUGUACAACUACUUCACUGGUACAAUUCCGGAAAGCAUAUACACUUGCAGAAAUUUGACUGCAUUAAGGCUAUCUGGCAACAACUUGCAUGGACAACUUUCACCAAGAAUAGGUAAUCUGAAGUCACUCACCUUCCUGUCACUUGGUAUAAACAAUUUCACAAACAUCACAAAUACACUUCAGAUCCUUAAGAGCUGCAGCAACCUUACGACCCUCCUUAUUGGGCGCAAUUUCAGAGGAGAGGCCAUGCCAGAGGAUGACAUAAUUGAUGGUUUUGAGAAUCUUCAGGUUUUGGACAUCGGAGGUUGCCAAUUGUUUGGGAAAAUACCGCUUUGGAUAUCAAAGCUAGCAAAUUUGGAGAUGUUGGUCUUAGAAGACAAUAGACUCAGUGGACCAAUACCAACCUGGAUCGACACCCUAAACUCCCUGUUCUAUUUUGACAUAUCAAACAACAACCUCACAGGAGAAAUUCCAACUGCCUUAAUGAAUAUGCCAAUGCUAACUUCAGAGAAGGUUACAGACCGUUUGGAUCCAAGGGUCUUUGAGCUGCCUGUUUAUGCAGCUCCAUCACUUCAAUACCGCAUAACCAUUGCUUUUCCUAAGGUGCUGAAUCUAGGCAACAACAAAUUCACAGGUGAGAUUCCCCUGGAGAUUGGUCAGUUGAAAGCCCUCCUUUCGCUCAAUAUCAGCUUCAACAACUUAACAGGACAGAUACCCCCAUCAAUCUGCUAUCUCACAAACCUGCAGGUUCUAGACUUAUCUAGCAAUAAUCUCACAGGUGCAAUCCCAGCUGCAUUGGAGAAUCUGCACUUUCUUUCUACAUUCAAUGUUUCUAAUAAUGACCUAGAAGGGCCUAUUCCAACUGGAGGCCAAUUUAGCACAUUUCAGAAUUCUAGUUUUGAUGGGAAUCCAAAGCUGUGUGGCUCUAUGCUUGAUCGCCGAUGCAGUUCAGCUAAAGCACCUCUGGUAUCCACAAAACAACGAAAUAAGAAGGCAAUCUAUGCAUAUGCGUUCGGUGUGUUCUUAGCAGGGAUUGCCAUUCUUUUGUUGCUGGGGCGCCUCCUUGUUUCAAUCAGGGAAAAGAGUUUUUCAGCCAAAAGUAGAAGAGAGGAUAAUGGAGAUGUUGAAACAACUUCAUUGAACUCCAGUUCAGAGCACGCAUUGGUGAUGAUGCCACAAGCCAAGGGAGACGACAAGCUCACAUUCUCUGACAUUGUGAGAGCUACAAAUAACUUCGACAAGGAGCACAUUAUUGGGUGCGGUGGUUACGGGCUAGUCUACAAAGCUGAGCUACCUGAUGGCUGCAAGCUCGCCAUCAAAAAGCUCAACGGUGAAAUGUGUCUGAUGGAAAGGGAGUUCACUGCAGAGGUUGAAGCACUAUCCAUGGCACAGCAUGACAAUCUUGUGCUCUUGUGGGGAUACUGUGUUCAGGGAAGCUCAAGGCUCCUCAUAUAUUCAUACAUGGAGAAUGGCAGCCUGGAUGAUUGGCUUCACAACAGAGAUGAUGAUGCUAGCACAUUUCUUGACUGGCCAAAGAGGGUCAAGAUUGCACUAGGGGCAAGCCAUGGCCUUUCUUACAUCCAUAAUGUCUGUAAGCCUCACAUUGUCCAUCGUGACAUCAAAUCCAGCAACAUCUUACUUGACAAAGAAUUCAAAGCUUAUGUUGCAGAUUUUGGGCUGUCAAGAUUGAUCCUUCCCAACAGAACUCAUGUCACGACCGAGUUGGUUGGCACUCUCGGUUACAUCCCCCCUGAGUAUGGGCAAGGAUGGGUCGCUACACUGAAAGGCGAUAUAUACAGUUUUGGAGUUGUCCUGCUUGAGCUACUUACCGGAAGACGACCUGUUCCGAUCUUGUCCACAUCAGAAGAACUUGUCCCAUGGGUAUUGGAGAUGAGAUCUGAGGGAAAGCAGAUUGAGGUCCUGGACCCAACACUCCGUGGCGCAGGGCAUGAAGAGCAAAUGCUGAAGGUGCUUGAAGUUGCUUGCAAGUGUGUGAACCAUAAUCCUAGCAUGAGGCCGGCUAUCAUGGAAGUGGUCUCCAGUCUGGAAAUCAUAAAUGCUGACCUGUAGAAGCAAAAGUCAUUGAAGACACUAUGCAGUUAGCCAGUGAUACAUGACAAUUGUGGUUCAGUGCAUAGAGUACAUGUGAUUUUCACUACAGGUACUAGUUUUGAGUUUGACUAGUAUUAUAGUGCAUCUUGUACAGUUUCUUGCACAUUUUGAGACUUCUGUAUUUUUGUAUAGAAAGUAUUUUCAUAA